GAGAACAUCGCGCAUCGCAGUCAUGUCUGAGCAGCCUUAUGACCCUUACAUUCCGUCUGGAUCCAACGGACCCAGCGCUACCGCUGCGCAAAAUGGCGACCCUCGGACGAGGGAGAUCGACAAGAAAAUCCAAGAAACCGUCGACACAAUGCGCUCAAACAUCUUCAAGGUCUCAGAGCGUGGCGAGCGCCUUGACUCGCUCCAGGACAAAACCGAUAAUCUGGCAGUAUCAGCCCAGGGCUUCCGCCGUGGCGCCAAUCGGGUGAGAAAACAGAUGUGGUGGAAAGACAUGAAGAUGCGCGUAUGCUUGAUCAUCUGUGUCAUCGUUUUGCUUGUAGUGAUUAUCGUUCCUACUGUGAUCACCACCAGAAAAUAAGUUACGAACGCAGCGACAGUCAUGAUUGUCUUGGGAAUGGAUGACGUUUUUCUUCUUUUUCACUUGGUCCUGGUUUAUCUGUGUUGUGCCCGUGAAGCUUUUGUUUCCAGCUACUAAUACCUCUUGCUUUUUCUCGGGCGUCGAACUAUCCCUGUUCUCACGAAUGAAGUCUUCUUGCCUCGCCGCACCAUUGACGUCAUGGGCUGCUCUGGGGUCUCGAGGCUAUGCCACA